GAGGCUGCGGAGCCGUCGGAGGGACCGCGCGAAGGGGAGCUGGCGCUGGUGGCGCGGGACGGGGGCUUCGGGUUGCCGCCGGAGCGCCUUGGGAUUGGGCCACGGUCGACGCUGGCCCCGGAUUAUGGGAUCGCCUGGCCGCUGGCGCGCCUUGGUGCCAAUGGAAUUCACUUGAAUCGGGGCCGGUGGAAAGACGGCGAGACGGGCGGCCGGCCGCUUUGUGUGAGCUCCAGAACCGGCGGAGCUGGAAGGGUUGAUAUUCCCCCUCCUCUUGCUCCGUCCCCUCUUUCUGCGGAGGCGGCGAGACACCCUCCGGGGAACAGCCGCCUUCUUGGGUGCUGGGAGCCUCUCCGGAGCGCGCGGUGCCAAAGGAUUCUCUGCGCCCUGGGCGCACAUGGUUCCCUUUGUCCUGCUGGCUGGGAUCUCCCGGCGCGGUCCCUGAUUUCGAUCCUCGCCCCUCCCCUUUAUCAGCCGCCUCACUCUUGCGCUCCCUUCCCCAACCGACGCAGGAGCCGCGAUUGAGUCUCUCCCGCCGCCGUUUCUCCCGGCAUGGCCGAGCGCGCUGGGCUCCCUCCGGGGAAGGAUUCGCCCUUGGACGGAAUAGUUUGGUUUUGCCUUUGGGAAUAAGCGCUUCUUGCUGGACGGAUCGGAGUUGGACGAAAAUUCACUUCCUCCUUCGGCGUCCCUCCCCAGACAUGAACUUGCCGGCUGUCACUUGGGUUGUUGAACCCGCUGGACGACCAGGCCUCUGAUGCCAGUUCAGAAAAGUUGUUCAACACAGUCACAAACAAAGAUAUAGACUUAGGAGUUGGUACGCUAACAGAAAAUGAAGAUCAAGAGGCCAGGUCUUUGGCAGUCCCCAAAAUAUCAGGACUAGAACGGAGCCAAGAGAAGAGUCAGGACGGUGGGAAAGAGCCAUCACUUGACCCUGUUGUGCCUCAGGAUCUUUGCCCUCAAGUUUCUCAGCCUUUGGUCCCACCUCGUUUGGAGCCACCAACAGAGGCACGUUCUCCAGAGCCUGCUGCAGUCCACCCUGCUCACUCAUCCUAUUCUGAAGCUCCAGAGAAGCAACCAGCCUUGGAAGAGGCCCAGUUUCCCACAGUCCCUCCUUCCCAAAUACAACACCCACCAAGACCUCCCUCUCCUGGGCAGCUGGCCCAUCAAAACCUACCACCUGCUCAGCUGCGUCCUCCCUCCCGUAGCCUUGCACAACAGUUGUCGGCUUAUAACAGCAGCAGUUUAAGCCUCAACAGCUUGAGCAGCAGCAGAAGCAGUACCCCAGCCAAAACUCAACCCCUGCCACCCCCACCGCCUCCCCCACCCAUCGCUCACCAUCCCUCGGCAUCCCCCUUCCCACUCUCAUUGCCCAAUCACAGCCCCCUCCAUAAUUUCACACCCGCCCUCCAACCUUCUACCCACACCCAUCACCCCAAUAUGUUUGCCCCUCCCACGGCAUUGCCUCCUCCUCCUCCUCUGACAUCGGGGACAUUACAGGUUCCAGGCCAUCCCGCUGGCACUGCUUACUCAGAGCAAGAUCUUCUCCGCCAGGAGCUGAACACUCGGUUUCUGGCCUCCCAGAGCGCCGAUCGUGGUGCCUCACUGGGCCCGCCACCCUACUUGAGGACGGAAUUCCACCAGCACCAGCACCAGCAUCAGCACACGCACCAACACACGCACCAGCACACCUUCACGCCUUUUCCUCACGCCAUCCCACCUACGGCCAUCAUGCCAACACCAGCACCUCCCAUGGUGCGUAAUCCAGGCAGAAAUUUUGACAAAUACCCUACAAAAGUUGAUCCUUUCUACCGUCAUAGUUUAUUCCACUCCUACCCUCCUGCUGUAUCUGGGAUCCCUCCUAUGAUACCUCCAACUGGUCCUUUUGGCUCGCUGCAAGGAGCAUUUCAACCCAAGACUUCAAAUCCUAUUGAUGUUGCAACAAGACCUGGAGCUGUUCCACAUACCCUCCUCCAGAAAGAUCCCAGGUUGACAGAUCCAUUCAGGCCCAUGUUGAGGAAACCAGGCAAAUGGUGUGCUAUGCAUGUUCAUAUUGCUUGGCAGAUAUACCACCACCAACAGAAAGUCAAGAAACAGAUGCAGACAGAUCCCCAUAAAUUGGAUUUUGGUUUGAAACCUGAAUUUCUGAGCAGACCUCCAGGUCCCAGUCUUUUUGGGGGCAUCCACCAUCCUCAUGACUUAGCUCGGCCAUCAACUCUUUUCUCUGCAACCAGUGCCGCCCAUCCAGCCGGUCCUACAUUUGGUCCUCCCCCACACCACAGCAACUUUCUCAACCCAGCAGCCCAUUUAGAGACUUUUAAUCGGCCCACGACGUUCACCAGCCUUGCAGCCAUGAGCGGCAAUGCCUUCGGGGGACUUGGCAACCAUGCCGUUACACCCAACGCUAUGUUUGGCCACAAGGAUUGCCCCAGCAUGCAGAGCUUUAGCAACCCCCACGAGCCUUGGAAUCGUCUGCACCGAACGCCUCCUUCGUUCCCAAUUCCUCCGCCCUGGCUGAAGCCAGGUGAGCAGGAACGCAGCACGUCUGCUGCAGCCCAUGAACGAGAUAGAGAUGUAGAUAAAGGAGACGCUUCUCUUAGUAAAGAUGACAAAGAAAGGGAGACUAUUGAGAAAAGACAUUCCAGCCACCCUUCGCCAGCACCUAUCCAUUCUGUGAGUUCCCUUGGACAUAGCCGCAGCUCAGUGGAACAGAUCAGGAGCCACCUGAACCCAGAGGUUCGUGAAAAAGAGAAAUCCAAAGACCGAGAGAGGGAUCAUUCAGAAUCACGGAAGGAUAUCAGUGUUGAUGAGCACAAGGCAAAGGACAACUAUAUUUCGGACAAAGAAAGUCUGACCCAUGAUAGCAGACCAUUGGAGGAAUCUAAACAAGCAUCUCGGGUGCCUUCACCCUACACCAGGACACCUGUUGCAGAAAGCACCAGACCUAACAGCAGCUCUAGUCGGGAUGCUGAGAAGAAGAGUGAGCCUGCUUAUGAGAAUCUGAAAAAAACUAGUGAGGUCAAAGUGAAAGAGGAAAGGAAGGAAGAUCAUGACAUUUCUCCUGAAACACCACAGACACACCGGCCAUCUGAGCAGCCACCACCAAUGCCCACAGCCAGUGUCCAUCCAGGCCCUUUAGUGUCAAUGCCCAUGACUGUGGGGGUCACUGGCAUCCAUCCCAUGAACACCAUCAGUGGUCUAGAUAGGACUCGCAUGAUGACACCGUUUAUGGGGAUUAGCCCAAUUCCAGGUGGCGAACGCUUCCCAUAUCCUUCAUUCCACUGGGACCCCAUGAGGGAUCCCUUGAGGGAUCCCUACAGAGACUUAGACAUCCAUCGGAGAGAUCCUUUGGGCAGGGAGUUUCUCCUAAGGAAUGAUCCACUGCACCGCCUCUCCACACCAAGGCUAUACGAUGCAGACAGAUCUUUCAGGGACAGAGAGCCACACGAUUACAAUAAUCAUCACCACCCCCUUUCGGUUGACCCACGCCGUGAGCAUGAAAGAGGGGCCCACCUGGAUGAGAGAGAAAGGUUACACAUGCUCAGAGAGGACUAUGAGCACGUACGGCUUCACUCUGUGCAUCCCGCGGCCCUGGAUGGUCACUUGGCUCACCCAAGUUUAAUUACUCCAGGACUUCCUAGUAUGCAUUAUCCCCGAGUUAGUCCCCCUUCAGGACUUCAGAAUGGGAUUCUCAAUAAAACGCCCCCCACAGCAGCCCUGAGUGCUCCUCCCCCUCUAAUUUCCACUCUGGGACCUCGGCCUGGUUCCCCCCGAAGGACUACCCCUUUGUCGACAGAAAUGAGGGACAGGCCACCUUCUCACACUCUCAAAGACAUAGAAGCACGAUAAAUAAUGGAGCGAGUCCAAGACAAACUGAAAUCUAUCGGAUCUUCUUACUCAAUAAAUGUAGACUUUGGUUAUGACCCAACUGUAUAAAAUGUAUAGACCCAGGUGUCCUAAGGUUUUUUCUUUUCUUUUCUUUUCUUUUCUUUUCUUUUCUUUCCAAAAAAAUGGUUGGGUUGUAUUAUAUGUUGAAAAAAAAAAUGUUUUCAGAACCUUUUAGACAAAAGUUGGCACAUUUUCUACGUAAAUACUCUUUCUUUCUACUGUUUGGAAUCCCUACAGGAAGAAGAUGUAAGUCAGUAUUUAAUCUCCCAAAAAACCAGAGUACUCCUUCCCUCUUUCCACCUCUCUCUCUUUUCAUUGUCUCCAGGUUGAAAUGAAGAAAACUAUAACUCUUUUUUUUUUCCUCCCCUGUAAGAGAGUUGUUGAAAAUAAUGCUAUUUCAACGGUUAAUGGGUCAUAUAUGCAACAUGGGUAAGAUGAAAGCUUUACUUUGUAAGUAUGUACAUAGGGAAAAAAAUAAGUAACAUAAUGCAUUACUACUUCUUAAACUGUGCUCUUUGCAGACUUUAAUUGUGUGAAAGACCGCAGCUGCGGUACAUCUAAUGUCAUAAGACAGCUAAACCCCUUCAGCUAUGCAAUUAAUUUUGAGGUUUUUCACAAAAGCCUCUUUAACUCAAAGGCGCCUUGUCAACACACUCAACUACACAUAAAGUCAUACUUUCCCUGAGCAAACCCACAGAUCCCUGACACUUUUGGAUGAAGAAAUAAACCAUCUUCAUCUUCAACAAAUAGGACUUGGGCAUCAACUGUUGUUUUAUUUCCUACCUAGUGCUUUAAAAAAAAACACCUCUUUGCUAGCUAGUGUUUUGUUCGUUCUUUCUCUUUUUUUAAAUUGAAAAAUGUUGUACAAUGUUAGAUCACAUCCAGCCUCUACAUAGCUGUUACUGGGUCACUGUGAAUCACACUUUAAAGCCCAGAAGUGGACCAUUUUUGCUGAAAUUCAUUUAGAGGAGCCAAGCACCCGUUGAACUUAACUCCGAGAACCCAGCCAACAAUACUGUCUGGGCUGUCCUUAUUUUUAGGCCUUAUAAAGUGUAGGAAGUGGGCGGGAGGGGGGGACUCACAAUCCCUCUCCCCCAGGUUUUCUGCCAAAUUAUAACUUUUAAUAUGAAAGAAGAAGGAAAUUAUUCAAUGCAUGAGAAAUUACUGUGUUUUAACAGCAUUUAAAUAUUUAAAUUCCAUCAAAUGCAGCUCAUUGUCCUGACUUCGCCCAUUUGUUCAUCCUUGUUUCAUCCAACACUUGGACUGUAACCAAAGGUUUCUCCAGGGGGUACAAGUGACAAAAUGAGUGUCAUGAAACAAAACCUACACUUGUGCAGGCUAGUCCACCUGGAGGAUCAAAAAAGUGAAGAUGGCAGCCACAAUGACAUGAUCAAAGCCCUGCUGAUUUUUUUAACCUGUGUUUUUUUGUGCCAUGCCUGUAAAAAUAAACAGGGCUUUGAUCAGGCAGUCACAGCUGCCAGUUGAUACCCUAAUCUCUCCCCCAGAUGCCCAUGAAGUUACAUACUUGUACCAGAUGUUGAAAUU